AUGGCGGUGGCGGCGGCUUCGUGCAGCUCGGGGAUGACGGCGGCGGCAUCACACAUUUUGGGGACAACGGCAUUACCACGCAUCUCAGAUCGUGGAGGAAAUCUCAACAGCCAUAGGCAUUGGGGCGGCUGCGACGGGACUGCUGGGGAGAAAGCGGGACAAGUCAUUGAUGAUGCUCCGAGAACGCGGUCGUUCAGCUCCGCGAUACUUCGUCGAGGAGACGUCGGCUACGUGGAGCCCCCUGGAGCAGAACACGCCACUAGAGAACAUGUUGCGCAGGAUCUAGAACCUUUACCAGGAUGGAGCACAGAUGCACAGUUUCUGAUGCCCCAACCCCACUAUUUUGCUAUUUCCUCAUUUUGUUGUCACACAAAGAAUAAGAUGCAGAUGCUGUGA